GCGACAAUGGCUGCCUGCUUUUGCUGUUUUCGGUGCUGGCCUGGCGGUGGUUUUCGCAGCGGUCAUGUCCCACUGAAAGAAAUACCCACCGUUACCUUGGACAUGUCACAUAUGGGGAGUGAUGUUGUCAUCGUGAAAUCAGGAAGAAGAAUAUGUGGCACAGGAGGAGCUCUUGGGAACGCUCCAUUGGUCCAAGACAAAGCCUACUUUGAAAUGAAACUACAAUCUACAGGAAUCUGGGGCUUUGGAGUCGCUACCCGAAAGUGUAAUCUUAACACCCUGCCUCUUGGUAGCAAAGCAGAGAGUUGGGUGCUUAGGUCGGAUGGUUCCAUUUGUCAUAAUGGGGAGGUUACACACAAAAUAGAAGGAGAUAUCGCCGAGGGUGACAUUAUCGGUAUAACAUAUGACCAUAUUGAGAUGAACUUUUAUAAAAACGGUGCACCGCUCAAUAUUCCUCUGACUGGAAUCCGUGGCACAGUUUAUCCAGUGACAUACGUUGAUGAGGGAGCAAUCCUUGACGUGCAAUUCAGCGAGUUCUACCACACACCGCCUGCAGGAUUCGACAAAAUCAUGUUCGAGCAGUCGUUAUUAUGACAGGGUCCGCUUAAAACUCAACGGGGCUGACGACAAAAUUGAGGACCCAGGGACAAUCUCUUAUGGCUUACCCCUGAGCUUGGAUCCAUGUGACUUUUUGUCUUGCCUUUGAACUUCCAAGAUGAAACUUGUGGAAAUGUUUGAGCGGAGGGACCAGGGUUUUGUCUUAGUGCCGCUUCAAUGACUUGAUGUUUAACCUCUUAUGUAUGAUAUUCAAAUGCUGUUUCAAGCUUAGCUUAUUCAAGUACUACAGAGAAAUCUAACAGGAUAUACAUUGUAGGAAUGAAGGCUACAUCAUCAUCCAUAGAAACAAGAUGCAGGGUUGAGGUAGUGGUUCCUUUCCUUGUCUUCCACCUCCAGGACUCCAGUUCGAAUCCCACUGGGGGCACUACAUGGAUUGGGUUUUCAGUCACUACCGGAUUGUACUGGUUUUCCAUUUGGGUUUUCCUCCAACAUCUAAAACUGAGCAUGUCUUCUUGUUUUCUAUUCAUCCUGUUAUUGGCGCUAAUUGUGCUGUUGGAUUGUGUAAUAAAAUAAACAAAAGAGCCUCCAAUACUUGAAGCUAGCCACAGACACAUAAAUAGUGCACAAGUAAAAAAAAUAAUAAUAAUAAUUUCAAAAUGCAAAGUAGCUCAGGAUGAAUAUUUGAUUGUUAAUAAUCAGAUUCAGUUCUGCUAAAUAUCCAAUGCUGAACAUUAACUUAAAAACACUGGACACUAAAUUGUCAAAGAUCAGUCUUCCCACUUGGUGUAUCUCAU